AUGUUUCUAUUGUGGGAAGAAAGGACACAAGAAGGCCGCCUGAUUUAUGUUUUUAUGAGAGCAAGGAGUCAGGAAUCCGCCUUGGGAGGCUCUUCUAGACCAUCUGUCAGUGCACCAAUCAGUGGUACUAAGGCUACAGGGAAGCUUAUGGCUCUCAAGAGAGAUAAAGCUGAGGCUACACCAGGAGUUGUUACGGGUACGUUCUUAGUCAACAACAAACCUGCAUAUGUUUUAUUUGAUUCUGGAGCAUCUCAUUCAUUCGUUGCAUUUUCGUGUAUAUCAAAGUUGCUUUUAUUUAGUUCGCUUGAGAUAAAUAGUGAGUUUGUACAACCGUCGGGCGAGAGAAUCUUAUGUCAGCGAGUGCAUAGGGAUAUACCCUCAGACUUUUUGGGAAUAGACUUACGCGUAGAUUUGAUAGAGUUUCCCUUAGACAAUUUUGAUGUUAUCUUGGGUAUGGAUUAG